ACUUACGGAGCGGAAGAGAACCGAGGCAAAAAACCAAAAACAUUCGGGAAAAGACACAGACAGACAAAAGAUAUACAAUGUCAUUUGCUGGUGAAUUCCUGUCAGAGGAGCAGUUUACCUGUUCCAUUUGCCUAGAUGUCUUCACCAAUCCUGUCUCCACACCCUGCGGCCACAGCUUCUGCUCAUCAUGUAUCACUUCCUACUGGGAGGGCCAGGGAAAAAGCUGCUUCUGUCCCUUGUGCAAGGAAAGCUUCCGCAAGCGCCCUGAGCUCCACACCAAUCACACUCUCAGGGAGAUCACAGAGCAGUUUAAGCGGAUGGCAGAGACCACAAUGAGCGCACCCAGAAGUGCACCUGCAGAUUUACCCACCAACCCUUUCUCUGCAGCGAAGCCUGGGGGGCAGCUCAGACUGGUAGAGCUACCCAGUGGGCUACUGCCAGAGAUGAAGAGCCGCUUCCAAAGAUCAUCAUCCAGUGAGCCUUUGGCAAUCCCUGAUGCUCAUUCUCUCCAUCCGGCCAAGACAACUAAACGGAACUUAAGUGUGCAUGGAGUGAGUGGAGCAGGUUCCAAUGGGCCACAGUGUUCCAGACAUGGCCAUAGUUUGGAGCUGUUCUGCAAGACUGACCAGACAUGUAUUUGCAUAAUAUGCGCAGAGAGGGAACAUAAUGGGCAUUCUGUGAUGGAGGCCAAGAGAGAGAUGAAUAUUAAGAAGUCCCAGUUGCGUAUCUUGGAGGUGGAGCUACAAGGAUUGAUCUCAGUCAGAGAGAAGAAGAUAGAGGAGAUCCAAACAUCACUUGCAGAAAUUCAAGUGAUUGCAGAGGAAGAGAAAGUAGGAACAGUGAGUAUGUUUGCUGAGUUGAUGAAAGCUGUCGAGAAGUCCCAGGCUGAACUUCUGGAGGUAGUGGAGAUGGGACAGCGGGCUGCCGAACUUCGCUCACAGGCCUUCAUACGUGAGCUGCAGACGGAGAUCUCAGAACUUAAACAAAGAUGUAGCAACCUCAACCAGCUAACCCAAUCCCAAGAUCAUCUUACCUUCUUCAAGACAUAUCCAGCCUAUAGUAGUUUACCUGUGACAAAGAGCUGGGAAGAAGUGGCCUUGACCCCUGACCCCACUGCAGGGGCAGUGCUGAGGAAUGUCACUUGGAUGGUGGGGGAGGCUCAGGAAAGGCUCAGGAGCCUGUCAGCGAUCUGUUUGCACACUUCCACGGAAAACUCACAGGAAAUAUAUCAACAAAAAGUGUGGAGAGUGCCGGAAUAUGCAAUGGACGUGACCUUAGAUCGAGACUCAGCCCAUCCACGUCUGAUCAUCUCUGAGGAUGGUAAACAGGUGCGUUGCAGUGACCGCUACCAGAUGGUGCCAGACACACUAGAACGGUUUGACCGUGUGGUGUGUGUACUUGGCCGUCAAGGUAUCAGCUCUGGCUGCCAAUACUGGGAGGUCUUGGUGGGUGAGAAGACGGACUGGGAUUUGGGCAUUGCCAGCCGCUCUAUCAACAGGAAAGGAAAAAUAGCCGCAAACCCAGCUAAUGGAUUUUGGUUCCUAAGUCUACGUGACAAGAAUGAAUAUGUCUUUCGCACAGAACCACCAACGCCUAUAAACAUAAACCCAAAACCGCAGAGUGUCGGCGUGUAUGUGGACUAUGAGAAAGGUCAAUUGUCCUUUUAUAAUGCAGAGACAAAGUCACUGAUAUUUUCCCUCACAGACUCCUUUACAGAGACUUUAUAUCCUUUCUUCAGCCCAUGCACCAACAAAUCUGGCAAAAAUGAGGCACCCCUUAUCAUAUGGCCUGCCUAUCCAGCUGACCCAAGCUGGCUGACUGAAAAAUGAAUGGGAUGGAAACAAAGAAAUAUAUCUCACAGGUUAUUUACUUAUUUACUUUAGUUGUUUAAUUCAAAUCCUAAUUAUAAAAAAAAUAUUAUGGUUU